AUGAACAAGCUGCAGAUCCAGCUCAAGAAGAAGGAGAAGGAGCGGAAAGACGCGGCGGGGAAGAAGAGCGCGAGCACGAAGGAGGCGAAGGCGUCCGUCGAAGCCGCGAACCGAGGGCACGUCUGUCGAGUGUGCCGCUGGGCCGCGAUGGUGACCGCGAAGUCGCCGCAGCUGAUGCAGCACGUCGACGCGAAGCACGCGAAGCUGCGGCCGGAGGAGUGCUUCCCGGAAAUCAUAGAGAUGCUCGCCGCGGAGGCGGCGGGCGGCGGGGGGAAGAAAGGGAAGAAGUAG